AUGUGUCAUGCGUGUAAUCUCUAUUCCUGGGCCAGACGUGCAGUUUUACAGUCGACUUACGAUAGUGAACAUACCGACCAAGAAUUUGGCAUAAAAUCUGACGAGAAUAUCAUACAUGUGUUGAACACAUUCUCCACCAUGGAUUUGAGUGAAUCGGCGAUUGAAAUGCCGGUGCAGUCAAUGUGUUUAUGUUGUCCUCUAAAUAAAUUGGUAGACAAAAAGCCGGCCAUAUGGCAUCACAAACUGUAUGUUCAGUUGCCUUCAUCUCCUCUUAGAGCCCAUUUCUUGUGUCAUUCGCUUCCCUUUCCCCUCCCUUUCCACACUUCAAAUGUGAUCGCCAGAAAGAACUGUGUGUUUGUGUUUCGCAAACAAAAGUUAUCGCAAUUUCAUAGCAAUUAUACGCGAGAAAUAGCCAUUCAUUUGCCUUCUGGAUAUGUUGUGAAUCGACAGCAACUGAAACGCUCCCAAUCAUUAAGAAGUCGGCCCAAGAAGUUGCCAAUCAUUUCGGUUUCGUGUCAAUUAUGCAAACAAACUAUUCUGGAUAAGGGAUCGCUUUGUAGAGCCAGAGUAGUUUAUAAAACUUAA